AUGCCCAAGAACCUUUCAAGAUUCACCGUUGGUGUCCGAGUAUCGUUUUUGCCUCGUGCCUUUAAGCGCUUGGACGAAGCCAAAAAGUUCAAUACGACGAAAACGGGCCAGGAACGUUUGUACGGCCUUAUUACUGGUGUUGAGAUCGAAGGACAAUCGUCCAUUGCCGUGAUUGAGGUCGACGGGUUUGCUGGAUUGCAAGCCAAGAUCAAGUUUGGUUCUCUGAAGUACGAGGAUCUUGAGCCAGCUGCUCCUGCAACAAGACAGCAGCCUGAAACAAAUGGCGUUGCGGGGCUUGUCGACUAUGACAGCGACAGCAGCAGCGACGUACGUGAUGAUGAUGAUAACAAUAAUGAUGCCAAUCCUGUGGAAAAUGAGAACAAUCAAUGGACUGAUGAAGAGGUGCCCAUUGAUGCACGCCUUGUGAACCUCUCAUAUAUGCAAGAUUCCCAGAUCACCCUCACGAACGCAGCUUACAGCAGCCCUAUUCAGAUGUUCAUGCAUUUCCUUCCGAUGGAUCAUAUUGCGCGCCAUGUGAUUCCUGCUAUCAUCGCAAAGGCAGCAAUUUUAUCACUUGGAUAUUGGAAAGAUCUCACGUUGGAGGAAUACAUGCUAUGGAUUGGUUUGUGGACAUCUAUGCUAUUGAUCCCAAUGAGUGACAGAGGUAAAUAUUGGUCAACGGCGCCCUCUUUCCUCUUCACGACACCCGUCAACUUUUCGCGAUGGAUGACAAGACGUCGUUUUGAGAUGAUCUUGAAGGCACAUACCUUGGAGCAUCCUACGGUGAUCAAUGCGUCAUCUGAUCCGCUGGUGGACAUUCGUGGGUAUCUCAAUGCCUACAAUGACAAUCUCGCAGCAUCAAUGAUCCCUGGAAAGACGUUGACGAUUGAUGAGUCCAUGAAUCAGUGGUUGGGUAAGGUAUCCCGUAUGCCUAAUGUCAAAAAGAUCUUGGGAAAGCCUCACCCAGUAGGCCAAGAGUUCAAGAAUAUCGCCGAUGCUACCACGAACAUCAUGCUGCGACUUGAUAUCAGUGAGAAAAACCAGGACGGGAAAGAGUUUUCGAACCUUGGUGCUGUAGGUGGUUGCAUUGUUAGAUUGACUAAGCCAUGGUUCGCAUCUGGUAGAACAAUCGUUGCUGAUUCCUGGUUCGGCUCACCUGCUGUCGCUGCUGCAUUGCGCAAGAAAGGGCUUUACAGUAUCAUGGCUUUGAAAAAAAGAAAGUACUGGCCACGCAAUGUACCCAAAGAUAUCAUUGACAACUUGCCUGGCACCUACGGAUCACACGUGUGUAAAGUGGCAACAAUCGACGCUGUUCCCAUGUUUAUCGCUGCAUUGAGAGAUCGUAAACCUCAAUGCCUUAUCAGCACUUGCAGCAGUACUAUCCCUGGUUCAAUUGUGUCACAUGUUGUCAAGGAGAACAAUCAGUCUCGGCGUGUGGAAUUCCAACGAGCAGUCGUUUUCGAUGAUUACAAUGCAGCCAAAGGUGCAAUUCAUAUCAACAACAACAUCCGUGACAACAUGUUUUCGUACCACGAUGUCAUCGGUACCAACACCUGGCAGCAUCGUUCUUUUGCUUUUUUCUUGGCUGUUGCAGAAGCUAAUGCAUUUCUCGCUUGGAGGGCAUUUGGUCCCGAAAAUCUUCGCAACAUGUCCCAAUCUCAGUUUCGCGACCGAUUGGCUAGUGAGUUGGUGCACAAGUAUGAUCCGUACAGCACCGAAAAUAAUGCUUCUACCUAG